AUGAUAUUCUCCCCCCCUUCAAGCACGAAUACUGUUAACCAUACAUCAAAGGUCUAUUUGUACUCUUCCGUAGGGCCAACUUCAUGUCCAUUUCCGUCUCAGGAGGAUCGGGUAGCCUCAUCGCGCAACGCGAGUCCUCGUUUUGCUUGCAGAGACUCUGGCUAG